CUGAAACUCGGGCAUUAGUUAAUCGAGAAACGUCGCGUGGUACGUACGCGGUUGAAGUUCGUUUCGCCAAUAAUUAAUCCUCGCUUGCUAGUAAUUAUUGAGCCCAUUUUACUACCAGUGAAAACAUUGCAACUUGUUUCCCGGCUUUCCAUUAUUGCUUCCCGGAAACAACACAACGAAACAAUAUAUCUCUCUCUCGAAUUUAGGGAGCAAAAACUGUUAUUGUUAUCGUUUGCAAGACUGAUGAUUGUGUCACCCUCCGAAAUCAACAAGCGUUUCGAUUGGAUUUUGCCCGUUUUAGAGGUUUGCGUUUGAACGGCGGGUAUAUGUAGGCUAGAGGAAGUUUAUUUUUAACAAAGUGUGCGGUGUUAGUUCUUUGGAAACUUAAUCUGAGCCAAGUGAAUACGGUGAUUGUGUGUGGUUUGAAUCGCGCACAAAGUUCUGCAUAGGAAUCGUUGGUUCAAUUCAGACCACUGGCGCUUGAAAGUUGCUAUCAGUGAUCCUUCCGCAGUUUGUGUGAAGCAUGCUGUUUGAAUUGUGAUAAAGAAAGUGCGAAAUAUAUACAACGGUGUUUUUUUGUCGUUUCGGUAUUUAUAUUCAUGCGUUCGAUAAGUGUGUGCAAUUUGAGCGCUGACAACGUAAAUAUUCUGAACAUUUAAUAACAAUCGAUAUAUAGAUUAAACAUCACCCCUCGGAGUCACCCAUCACAUGCAAUGGAUUCUACUAUGACUGCAAGGAACAUGCCACCUCCGCCCCCACCAAAACCACACAAGUCGCCGAUACUGAAUGGAACUGACAGAGGACAUAUCAACUACAACAACAACAAUGUAUUGUACGAGAACGACGGUAAAAGAAGUCACACAACGUCCCCCAGUGCCAGUAAUCCUUCGCUGCUACCCGAGGAUGAACAAGUAGUGAUGACACCGCGCGGAAAAACGGCCAACUCUACAGUGCUUCUCAUCGAGCGUAAGCUGGUGGACCACGUUGGCGAGAGAACACACGUGGCCGGAGGAGAUCAUCGUGGUAUUAUUAUCAACAAGGAUACUGUUACGGAUCAAAAACCUGAGCGUAGUAUACCACAGCUGAGUCUUGAGUUUCGUGUGUUCCUAGUCAGCGCCAAUACAGGUCAGCAUUCACAAGAGUCGCGAAAACUCCGUUUCUGGUUCCGUGAAUGGCUCCAAGACGGAGACACACAAGCCCAUGUGGCCCAGGAUUUCUUCCGAGAACUUGUCAGCCCAAAGGAGUUUCCCCGAGAUUAUGUUGGAUUUAUCAAGAAAAUAAUGAAGCAGCUUCAGAAAGGAUACAAUGAAAUACAAGCCAUCGAAGUGGAACUUCGGAUACUAGAGAAAACUUCAGCCCCUCCAUCUCGACCACCUCGUUCCGGCCACGUUAUAUAUUGCUACGGAAAUUGUAACACAAAUCUCGAUUCCAAUAAUAAUAAUCAAAAUAGUAAAACGAUGGUUUGUAACGCUGCUGAUGAUGGUGGUGGUGGCGGUGGUGGUGUUAACCGCACGGGUAGCUUACAUCCCUCUCCGAUCCAACAGCCCCCAGCAGUCGAACCGAUUGUCCCAACUGUGUCGUUUGAGGACUCGCAAUUUGAAAUAAUUCCACUAACACCGGAGAAAAUCUUGGAAAUGAUCGAACAAGCAUAUCCCAACCCAAUAACACCCGAAGACUUGGCCAAGGACAAUGGUUGGGAGGAAGAGGAAGUGCUUCAAAUCAUGUUACUGCUGAAGGAACGUGGCCUCAUAAAAUCGAUGGAGUUCAACUCCUUUACUCGGCUCCACCAUGAUGACAACGAGAUAAAGAUCGUCAAGCAAAUGCCAACAAUUGCAUCAAACAAGCAGCCAACGAUUGCCAUUAUUACUGCACAGUAUUGCGAAAAACUAGCUGUGGACGCGAUGUUGGAAAACAAAGAAACUUUUGUUCGGUAUACUACCGUAGGAACAAAUCCAGAAUCACCGGCUAAUACCUUGCAAAGGAGUAGAAAGAAUAGGAGUCGUUUUGGCGAAUCGAAUGUGUACACCCUUGGCAACAUUGGAGCGCAUCGUAUCGUGAGCACGAAACUACCCUCCAUUGGUAGCUCCCGGGAAGCUAUGACAGCCGCGGGGAAUACAACCACCCGUUUGCUGGGAACCUUCCAGAAGGUGGAUUACGUUUUCAUCGUGGGACUUGCCGGAGGUAUUCCUCAUUACACCGACUACAAGAAACACGUUCGCCUCGGUGAUGUAGCUGUUGCUUCAUUCGCCAGACGAAUGGAAGGCGCCACCAAACCGUUCUGCUACGUUUACAGCAAUCAGGGAGAGACUAAAACCUACUACCCGGUGAAUGAUGGAUUGCAGGCAAUCGGGAAGGCACUCCAACUGAACGAUGACGGCAAAAAGCCAUGGGAAAUGUAUAUCAAGGAAGGUUUGUUGAGUCUAAGAUCCAAAAGUGAUACUGAUUUCACGCGACCGGCACCCAAUACGGACAAGUUGUAUAUGAACAUUGGUAACAAAGACGUCAUCGAGGUUGCCCACCCUCUAUCACAGGACGAUGAAGUUGACGCAGCUCCUCAAACUCGUUUGCAUUUCGGUCCGAUUGGCUCGGGGUAUGACAUCAUCAAAUCUGAUAGCCUGAGGAGUCAGUUCUCUAAAGAGUAUGGAUUGGUGGCAACCGACGUAGAAAUGAACUCGGUACUCGAUAGUAUAGUUGGCAACUGUAGGGACAGUUUCAUUUUGGUCAAAGGCGUAUCUGACUACAAGGAUGGGACCACUUCUAAAAAAUGGCAGAAUUAUGCAUCACUUGCCGCUGCAGCUGUUAUGAAAACAAUCAUAUGUGCAAUGGAUGCUCCCACAAAUGUUUAAUUUAAAAACAAUAAAACUGAAAGAAAACAAAAACUAAUCUGAAACCAAUCUAGUUUGUUGCAAGAUGGUACCAAAUUUUCAUUAUUCUAUUUUGUAAGUGUUUUGUAUGUGUUUAUUUUAAAUUAAAACCUUUUACCAACACACUAGUGAUCACAAUAAGACUACAAAGAGUGGUAUAUUUAAUAUAUACACAGUUCUUUUAUUUAUUCAGAAGGA